UGCACGCGGUGCGUGUUGCCAAAGUAGAUACUGCAUUUAGGCUCGGUGGUCGAAGGAAGUAUGUGCAGGGGGGAUGCUGUCAUGACUUCUUACCAGGUGUUUACAUGUGAUAGAGACACAGAGUUCACCAAAGUCAACUGUGCAAACAAGGCAGCGCGUCAGGAUUUAGACCCAGGCAAACUCCAAAUCCGACUUGAAGGACAUUUCCUGUCGGCGUUCCGGUCAGAAACGUUCGCAGGCGUGUGCGCGAAACGGUCUAGGAAUUCGGACUUGAGACGUCCAGAUCAAGACCACUUCUGCUUGAAUCCACCCCGAUGGAGUGAACAGGCCGGUUCCGGAGCCCACGUCUCUCCUUCCUUACACACUUUCACAAGGAAGUGUUGUUGCGCGCUCGACCCAAUCAACGCGCGCGUGCAUAACAUCAACUCAUGUGAUGACCCAAGAUAUCAUCUCGCUUUUGUGAAACCCGGUAACACCAAGGAUGCCGGUUCUACCCGUUUACACGAGGCCACACAGAUGGAAAAGCCCUUCGAAUGGAUGAAGCUGAAGCGCAACCAAGCGAGCACUGGGAAAGCCCGUGUAACCGGCGCACAGAAUUUCCUCCAGUCUGUGAAAGUGGACGGUGGACACAAUGAAAUCGAGGACAGUCCACACACACUGUCCCGGAGCAGCUUUAGCACCAAACAGCUCACGGAGCUGGAGAAGGAGUUCCACUACAGCAGGUACCUGACGCGCGCGCGUCGGGUGGAGAUCGCGAGCGCGCUGCAGCUCCGUGAGGAUCAGGUCAAAGUGUGGUUCCAGAACAGACGCAUGAAACUGAAGAAAACGCAGCGUCUCAUACACACACAUCCAGAACCGGGAAGCUGUUUGGAAUUGCACUCAAACACAACGGACACGUGUGCGCUUCCAGAGGAGAGUUAGUGUUCCAUUCAUUUCUGUUAGCAAUAUGCAGGAGCCUUACGCGUUGGCCCCCUCCUGCGCGCGCUAUACGCGCCGACAUUAUAAAAGGGCAAAUGACAGAUAAAGGAUCGCCAAGUCAGAAAAAAAAUUAAUCUGGGGGGGAUUAUUACGGUUAUGAUAAUGAAAAUAUACUGUAAGUAUUUUCGAAACUAGAGAGCAUAUCUGGUGUUCUCUCCUCACCUGUUGAUGUCUUGCCUACCAAAUGCACUUUAUUAUUUGUAUUAAUAAUAAUAUAGCGUAUAUAGGCUAUUUCUUUUCUAUAGUUAUAAUCCUUUUCUUAUUAAUUAUGUUCGCACUACUGCAGAUUUUAAGGACUUAAAAUCUCUUUUCUUAAAAUUAAAAUUUC